GACCUGAGAACUAAGGUAGUGAAUCCCGCGAGUCUAUUCCACACAUUAUAACUAGAGAUUGUUUGGGUGGAUCCAUUGCCUCUCUUUUCACAUUAUGGCUCCUACACACUCGGUACGGAAACCACAAAGCGUCCGCUUUGCAUCACAUUUGGUUCGCCCCUCAUCGGGGACGACGGCUUCCAACAAGCAGUAUCGCAAAAUCCAACCUGGAGUGCUUGCUUCGUGCAUGUGGUUCAUAAGGACGACUGUUUCCCCAAAAUCUUUCACCCGUCGACCAUGGAGCAGAACCUAUACAAGCCUUUUGGAACAUUUCUUGUGUGUUCCGAAUCGGGUAGUGCAUGUUUCGAAGCCCCUAAAUCCAUAAUUGAGUUGCUAGCCCCCAGGAGCCCAGAUAGUGCCCAAAUUGUCAAUUAUGAGAGCAUCAUUAAAUGUCUUGAACAACAAUUGAUUUGCAAGAGCCAUUUUGAAUUUAGUGUGCUUGUUACUGAUUUAUUUGAAGCUGGGAUAACUGCACAAGUUGCAGCAGUUGGCCUUCUGCAAAUUCAGCCGCAGAAUAUGGAUGUAGAUGCUCUGUUGAGGGAUAUAGUCAAGUCUGAAAAAGAUGUCCUAGAACAAAAGAAUAAAGCAUUUGAUCCAGCAAAGGAUUUGAAUGACAUGAAAGUGUGCCUGGCUAAUUUGGAAUGGUACAAGAAGAAAUGCGAAAACGAUGGCCAGGGUUGUGGUUAUUACGACAGCUUCAAAAACAAAAUGGCUAGGCGUGACUAUGGAGCCGUUAAGUUUGUGAGAAAGCUCACUAAUUACUGGGAACAAGUGGUGGAAAAUGCGGAGAAGAGGCCUCAGAGAGAGGGAGAACCGCUGCGGAAUUGCUGGCUUUUUGGAGGAACAAACUAUCGGAGGUUGGUUGAACCGCUCCACAUAGCUGAGUACUAUAAAUGGGGCAAAAGAGGUUACAUGUCUCAAGGGAUAUCCAAGCACUUCAAGCUAUUGAAAGACUGGUUGGACAAACAUCCGAAGCAGACAGCAAAGAGUGUCUCUAACGAUUCGAAGAUGAAGAAGAUCAUGUUGAGCGUCACGGAGGAUUCACGCUUCUGGCCACAUGUGGAGGAGGCACAAAUAUCGUGUAGGUUGUUGAACAGCGGAGGAUCGAACAGCACAGAAAUAGAAAAAUUGGUCUGGUUCGAGGGGUAUGUCAUGAAUUUGCUCAAGAACUACGCUGUUUCUACUGAUAUUUUCUUGGAUAGCAGCAGCUACAUGCAAUGGUGGAGGGAGUAUGAGGAUAUAUUGGCGAAGCAAAUGAUGGGAGCUUCUCACAACUCGCAACUCGUUGAUUUCAUGAAAAAUGGCGACUCGUACCGUUUAUAA